AAGUAGCUUCUGGAGCUAAAAAUUUGCUUCUCCGAAGGUGAGAGUAUCAGCUGUCAAGUGAACUCCAAGUAAUGAAUCAUCAUCUCACACUAUAAAUGGCUACCACACUCUGUUCCAGAGCCUCCUCAAUCGUUUCAUCUUACACUGUACGACGUCGUUUGCCCCUUGUCGGGGCGAUUUGUAUGCUAAGCUUAGGCAUCUCCAAUCUUUGCCCCACUCUCUCUUCCCCCUUCAAAACGGGUACCACUCAGUCUCUCCCGUUCGCCCCUCUUUUAAGAUCAAAGUUUGGUACUAAAACACCAUCAAAGAGCUUUAACGCCAUCAAAAUGGAAGGGAGCAGUGACACUGUACCGAGUAUUGUAGUUUACGUUACUGUACCUAACAAAGAAGCAGGAAAGAAGCUGGCUGAAAGCAUAGUGAAAGAGAGGCUUGCAGCAUGUGUAAACCGGGUACCAGGUAUUGAAUCUGUUUAUGAGUGGAAAGGAGAGAUACAGACAGACUCUGAGGAACUGCUUAUCAUCAAAACCAGACAAUCCCUUUUGGAAGCUCUGACUGAGUAUGUCAAAGCAAAUCAUGAAUAUGAUGAACCAGAAGUAAUUGCCAUGCCCAUCACCGGUGGCAGUCACCAGUACUUGGAAUGGGUCAAAAAGAGUACAAGGGAUUGACUUUCUCGGACGUUGCAAGGUCUAAUUGCGUGAACAUCUAUGCAUUUGUGAAGUAGUUUGUGCCUCCUUGGGUUUUGAUGUGUGUGGCGUCUGCAACAUAAAUAAAGUCUGUAAUUUGACAUUGGAACUUAAUUGUAGGUGAAGGACUGUCUUUUGGUUA